GCAACCCCUCCCUGCUAUUUCCCCAAGCUCCUCUUUGCUCAGGAGUCUCUUCACCGCGCCAUCUUCGGCAUUCCUAUUACGCGCAACUCGCCCUAGGAGCCCGCCGAGCCUCGACUUCCAGCCAUGUCGUUCGGAGGCCAGACCCCUACCAUUGUCGUGCUGAGGGAAGGUACGGACCAGUCCCAAGGUCGCGGCCAGAUAAUAUCCAACAUCAACGCCUGCAUUGCCGUGCAGUCGACCAUCAAGAGCACUCUGGGACCGUAUGGCGGGGACCUGCUGCUGGUGGACGAGAAUGGCAGGCAGACUAUCACCAACGACGGCGCAACCGUCAUGAAGCUCCUCGACAUCGUACAUCCCGCGGCGCGCAUCCUGACGGACAUUGCGCGGUCACAAGAUGCUGAGGUCGGAGACGGCACCACGUCGGUCGUCGUGCUUGCCGGCGAGGUUCUGAAGGAGAUCAGGGAGCACGUCGAGCAGGGAGUCAGCAGCCAGACCAUCAUCAAGGGCCUGCGGAGAGCGUCGGCCAUGGCCGUCAACAAGAUUAAGGAGAUUGCGGUCAACACGUCCGAGGGCAACCAGAGGGAGACGCUGCAGAAGCUGGCCGCCACGGCCAUGAACAGCAAGCUCAUCAGCAGGAAUUCCGACUUCUUCACCAAGAUGGUCGUCGACGCUGUCCUGUCUCUCGACCAGGACGACCUCAACGAGAAGCUCAUUGGUGUGAAGAAGAUCACCGGUGGUGCUCUGCAGGACUCGCUCUUCGUCAACGGUGUCGCCUUCAAGAAGACCUUCUCCUACGCCGGUUUCGAGCAGCAGCCCAAGUCGUUCCAGAACCCCAAGGUUGUCUGCUUAAACGUUGAGCUGGAGCUCAAGAGCGAGAAGGACAAUGCCGAGGUCAGGGUGGAGCAGGUGUCCGAGUACCAGGCCAUUGUGGAUGCCGAGUGGCAGAUCAUCUUCAACAAGAUGGAGGCGCUGUACAAGACGGGCGCCAAGGUCGUGCUGAGCAAGCUGCCCAUUGGUGACCUGGCAACUCAGUACUUUGCCGACCGCGACAUCUUCUGUGCUGGUCGCGUGUCGUCGGAUGACAUGGAGCGCGUCGUGCAAGCCACGGGUGCCGCAGUCCAGUCGACCUGCUCGGACAUCCAGGAGCAGCACCUGGGCACUUGCGAGCGCUUCGAGGAGAGGCAAAUUGGUGGCGAGCGCUUCAACUUCUUCGAGGGCUGCCCGGCGGCCAAGACUUGCACGCUGGUGCUGCGUGGUGGUGCGGAGCAGUUCAUCGCCGAGGUUGAGCGGUCGCUGCACGACGCCAUCAUGAUUGUCAAGCGCGCCAUCAAGAACCAGUCGAUCGUGGCGGGCGGUGGCGCCUGCGAGAUGGAGGUGUCGGCAUACCUGCACGCAUUCGCGGACAAGAACGUGCCGCACAAGCAGCAGAGCAUCAUCAAGGCGCUGGCGAAGGCGCUGGAAGUGAUUCCGCGCCAGCUGUGCGACAACGCGGGCUUCGACGCGACGGACAUUCUGAACCGGCUGCGGGUCGAGCACCGCAAGGGCAACACGUGGGCGGGCGUCGACUUCACGAACGAGGGCAUCGCCGACAACCUGGAGCGCUUCGUGUGGGAGCCCAGCCUGGUCAAGGUCAACGCGAUCCAGGCGGCCGUCGAGGCGGCGUGCCUGAUUCUCUCGGUCGACGAGACGAUCAAGAACCAGGAGAGCCAGCAGCCCCAGGCGCCUCAGCGCGGCUUGCCGCCCGGCGCGGCGCAGCGCGCGCUCAGGGGCCGCGGCCGUGGCAUGCCUAGGCGGUAGAUUCUCGACGACGACUGAUGAUGACGGUGGCGGCUGUGGCGCGGUGGCGGAGGCGUGAGAGAAGGGGGCGCGGAGAUCGUGUUGUUGUUGCUGCUGCUGCCAUCAUUCAUCAUCUACAAUGUCUUUGUAAUGGUGCAUAGUAGAAAGAAGAACAGGGAAAUACAAAAAAGCUACAUGUGCAAUGCAUGCAAUGAUG